AUGAAUAUUUGGACUGCUGCAAGUGACGGAAGAGAGGAUGUCGUCGAGCAACUCCUAGCUCAAAACAACGGACUAAAUGCCAAUAGUAAAGACCCGAACGGCUACACAUCUGUUCACGCAGCUGCAGCAUAUGGUCAUAUUGAGCUGCUAAAGAAGUUGUGCAAGCAGUAUAACGGUGAUAUAAACAUUCGAGACAACGAUGGGGAUACUCCACUUCACCACUGUGAAGACGUCAACACUGCCAAAAUUAUCGUCGAAGUGCUAGGUGGAGAUAUAAGCUUGACCAACGAGGAGGGCAAGACUGCACUACAGAGUUUCGAAGAAGAUGCAGAGUUUCCAGAACUUAUCCAGUACAUGCGUCUGCAAAGUGGUAUCCCACAGGAUCAGGAUAGUCUGGGUAUCGACGCGGACCAACUGCAACAGUUCAGGGACAACAUACGAUAUACCCUUGAGACAGAACCUGAAGAUCUGAACGAUCCAGAGUCACAAGCCCGCAGAAAGAAGCUGGAACAAAUCAUACAGGGCGAGAACGCAGAACAAGAACUCGAAAACUACAUCAGAGAGAUUAUCCGCUCGCAGAUCAUGACCAAUGGUGAACCAGGGGCAGCCGAAGAGCAAAAAGGGUCAAACGCUAAGCGUAGAAAGUAG